AUGAGUUCAGUUUCGGUAUUAUCAACAUCGUCUUUUCGGACAGCUGCACGACCAUCCACCUAUAUCCAUCUCGUGGCGCGAAGUUAUUCGGGACUGACAGUCGCCAAACUCGGUAGCUCACAAUUUAUCCACGCGCACAAGUCGCCAUUUACCUAUACACCCAAGCGUCUUAUUUCCUCUACACCACAGAAUCAAAUCAAAGAGUUCUUCCCGCCUCCACAAACAUCAGGCGUGAAGGAAGUGGAAUCAGCAUGGGCACAUCCUGUGUAUACUGAAUCCCAAAUGAGAAAUGUCGCAAUUGCGCACAGAGAAGCCACAGAUUGGGCUGAUUGGAUUGCCCUGGGCACGGUCCGCAUGUUUCGAUGGGGCAUGGACCUUGUGACAGUGUACAAGCACGCGGAACCCGGCGAGGAACUAGCUGCCAGAUACAAGAUGACGGAGAAGAAAUGGAUGCAUCGGUUCAUCUUCCUUGAGACCGUCGCUGGUGUUCCCGGUAUGGUUGGUGGUAUGCUCCGCCACCUGCGCAGUCUCCGACGCAUGAAGAGAGAUAAUGGAUGGAUCGAGACUCUUCUGGAAGAGGCAUUUAACGAACGCAUGCACCUCCUUACAUUCCUCAAAAUCGCCGAGCCCGGGUGGUUCAUGCGCCUGAUGGUUCUCGGCGCACAAGGCGUAUUCUUCAAUGGCUUCUUCUUAUCUUACCUCAUUUCUCCUCGUAUCUGCCACCGAUUUGUUGGAUACUUGGAAGAAGAGGCGGUGAUCACCUACACCCGUGCCAUCGAGGAGCUCGAAGCGGGCAAGUUGCCGGAGUGGGAGGCUCUGGAAGCGCCGCAAAUUGCGGUGCAAUACUGGAAGAUGCCGGAAGGAAACCGUACCAUGAAGGAUCUGUUGAUGUACAUUCGGGCUGAUGAGGCCAAGCAUCGCGAGGUCAACCACACGCUCGGAAAUUUGCAACAAGCGAUUGAUCCCAAUCCCUACCAAACUAAGUACCGAGAUCCGACCCGGGAGCAUCCGAGUAAGGGGAUUGAGAACUUGAGGGGGACAGGGUGGGAACGCAAGGAUAUCUUCUGA